UAGCGGGAGGCGAGAGAUCAGCCACGCCGAUUCAACUAAUCCGUCCGACCGCUCCGGAGGUGUGCUCCACUCACGCCCGGAAAGGAGCAAGCAGCUCGGGCAGGCAACCCGGUUGCGGUUGGGGUGCUCCAGCCAGCACAAUGAUCAUAACACUGCGGGCUCUGAUGGAACAAGGGAGGACCUUUUUGGAUGCACAAAGAGCAGCGAUCGAAGAUUUCGCCAUGAACAAAAACAAGAAAGAGAGAGAGUUCUACAGCCUCGAUGUGGGAGACUCGACGUUUACAGUAUUAAAACGAUACCAGAACUUAAGACCCAUCGGAUCGGGAGCGCAGGGAAUCGUCUGCUCUGCCUAUGACCAAGUCCUUGAGAAAAACGUCGCCAUCAAGAAGCUGAGCCGGCCAUUUCAGAACCAGACCCAUGCCAAGAGGGCGUACAGAGAGCUGGUCCUCAUGAAAUGUGUCAAUCACAAAAAUAUCAUCGGCCUCUUAAAUGUUUUCACACCCCAAAAAUCCCUCGAAGAGUUCCAGGAUGUAUACUUGGUGAUGGAGCUGAUGGAUGCCAACCUUUGUCAGGUCAUUCAGAUGGAGCUCGACCACGAGAGGCUAUCUUAUCUGCUCUAUCAGAUGUUGUGCGGUAUCAAACACCUCCAUGCCGCCGGCAUUAUUCACAGGGACCUCAAACCUAGCAACAUUGUCGUCAAGUCAGAUUGCACGCUGAAGAUUUUGGACUUUGGCUUGGCUCGAACGGCUGCCACAGGCCUCCUGAUGACUCCGUACGUGGUGACGCGCUACUACAGAGCACCAGAGGUCAUCUUGGGCAUGGGCUACCAAGCUAAUGUGGAUGUGUGGUCAGUGGGCUGCAUAGUGGCCGAGAUGAUCAGGGGAAGUGUGCUGUUCCCCGGCACUGAUCACAUUGACCAGUGGAACAAAGUCAUCGAGCAGCUCGGCACUCCGUCUCAGGACUUUCUCAUGAAACUCAACCAGUCGGUAAGAACGUACGUGGAAAACCGGCCACGCUACGCGGGAUACAGCUUUGAGAAACUCUUCCCGGAUGUUCUCUUCCCGGCUGAUUCCGAUCACAACAAACUGAAAGCAAGCCAGGCAAGAGACCUCUUAUCCAAGAUGUUAGUGAUUGAUGCCUCCAAGCGCAUAUCUGUAGACGAGGCCCUGCAGCACCCCUAUAUCAACGUUUGGUAUGACCCAGCGGAAGUGGAGGCGCCUCCGCCCAAGAUUCUUGACAAGCAGCUGGAUGAGAGGGAGCAUACUGUGGAAGAGUGGAAAGGGCUGAUCUAUAAGGAAGUCAGCGACUGGGAGGAAUGGACAAAAAAUGGAGUGAUCAGAGGACAGCCGUCUCCUCUCGGUGCAGCAGUGAUCGACAGCCCCCCUCAACCUUCUGCCGCCUCCUCCUCCUCCUCUUCUUCUUCAGCCAAUGACGUGUCGUCCAUGUCCACAGAGCCCACCGUGACCUCUGAAACAGACAGCAGUUUGGACAGCCACACUUCUCUCGGGGCUCUGGCCUGUUGCAGAUAACACACACACACACACACACGCACUAACACACAUUUACUCCACUGUAAUCUAUCCUCAUCAGUGCACCUUAUACAGUGUUAGAGAUGGGAUAGUUCUCGUAUUAGUUUGUAGAGCUGCGCUUUCAAUGUACAGUUUGUUGUUAUUGCCCCCAAAACUAUUGUAAAUGACUGUGCUUUGAAAAGGUAUCAUUAUUAUUAUUAUUAUGAUUGUAUUUUUGCUGCAAAGAGUAUGUUUUGAUGUGAACCUGAUGUUUGUAAUGAGGGGGAGGCAUUAGAGGGAAUUUGUGCAUCAAUGUUUUUAAGCUGCAGCUGCACAGUGGCACGCUGGUUGCACCGCACUGUUGUUUUUUAAAAUACUUUCUUAAAAUGCUGAUCCAGCAUUUGGGACGUUUGAAUGAAUCCACUAUUCAGUCGGUGACUUUGGACAUUUUUAUGUGCAAAAUACCUGCUUUUUUUCCUUCAUCUGUCGAGAUGCAUCCUUCAGCCUGUUUUUCCUCACGCAUUGGACUUUAUUACGUCGGCAUCCUGUACAACUCACUGCUUUGUAUUCAACUGUCAUUUCUCACUUAAAGAACAGGGUGAAUGUAAGCAAAAAGUCAAAAAGACGCCAACACACUGGCUCCAAAAGUAAGAACACUGCAAAGAAUGAUGUCUAAGCAAGGUUAAAUACCUGUAAUCCAGGUCAGAAAUACCACAUUUUGACUAACUUCUACACUUUUACAAUAUUUUUUUUUAUCUUACGGUUUACGGUUAUAUCAGUUUACGGCGUUCUAUGUUACAUCAUUUUGUGGUUACUUAUGGUCUCCCACAAAUUCAUUAAAUACAUCAUUUUGGUCUGUAAACAGGAGACGUAACGUCUACACGCAUGUGAGGAUGACAAGGAGGUGGUUGAUCGCCAAUCUCUUUAUUGGAAAAAAACAUGCUACUGUUAGCUGCAACUGUUCCAAAACAACAUCAGCAAACUCAACUGUCCUCUCUGCAUGCAGCCACACACACACACACACACGCACACACCCAGUCAGGACUCAUGGUACGUUCUCAGCUUCACAGUGUGUCGGACAUCACAUGACUCUACAACACAUAUAACUGGCAGGUUUCUGUUUGUCUUAACGUGACCGUAAUGACAUGGCAGUGUAGUGGUCUUAUGAUUGGGAUGGAAAGUGUUUCGAGCAAGUAGAAGAGUUGGCUUACACAAACAAAUACAGCGGAUCCCCACACAUUCACAAUUCAGUAUUUGUGACCAUGCAGAUUUGCUGAUUUUUGGUCAAAAAAUACAUUACAAUUUUUUUUUCUUUGAAAAUAGUCAUUUUUUUCCACAGAUAAACACCCUAAGUCAGGAGCAUUUAUAAAUACGUAAUAAUCAGGGCUGUCAAAUGAAACAUUUUAAUCAAAUUUAUCACAGUUUUCAAAUUAAAUAUUCUUGAUUAAUCGCAAAUUACAACUGUGUGAAAUAUGCCCUUUUUACUGUAUUUUAUGAACAAAAAAAUAAAUGACAUGGCACAAUUGUAUCUAUUGGUAUGUAUUAACAGCUCCAAAUGAACUGAUAAUUAAAAUCAGGAUAAAUGUACUGUAAAUCCAUAUGCCGAACACUAGUAGUACUAAUAGUAGUACUGAUAGCACUAAUAGUAGCAUAACUUUUGGAGCACACUUCAUCCGUGUUGUCACUAUGCGAUUUUUUUUUAAAGUUGAAUUUACUGUUUUGUGUGUAGAUGUAUUUUCUGGGAUUUCAGAGCAUACUUAAAUGUGGGGACAUUAUUGUGCCUCCGUCUGCCAUCAUAACAGAGAGAGAUGGCUUGACAUGGUGCGCAUGUGUUAAUUAUGCAAGUUUUUUUACAUAAUUAAAUAUAUGAUUUUCUGCCGUUAACACGCUAUUUUUGACAGCCCUCAUAAUAACACCGGUAAAAUGUACAGCAUUUUUAUGCUUCACUGAUACGUCUUUCACCAAGUGUUGAGACGUCGCCCUUUGUUCAGCUGUCUUUGAACGCACCAUAGUUGCGCGGUGCGGAGCGAAAGUGAAACUUGUGUGUACAACUUUCUCCGACUAAAGCCAUCAGUUCAUGGAUCAUUGUACAGCGUCAUUUAUUAGCGGUGAGUUCCUGUACAUUUGAUACUUUAAAUGUGCUUAUUAAACAUGUGAGGCACAUUCAUGGCUUAAGCAUUGAUUGUGUUGUGGGGGGCGGGGGUCAGGAGGGGAGCAAGCCGAGCCGCAACAUUUUAAUGGCCGUAAGAAUUAUUCACGAUUUACUGAUCUAUUGUAGUUAGUCACACCAUGUACAGUAUUAGCCUAACGUAACAUAAGCAAAUUGUAAGGAAAAAAUACCAUUUUAGUCAAAACAAAGUAUUUUUGACCUUGAUUUCAGGUGUUUGAGCUUUUGCUGUGUAAUUAUUAGGAUUUGAUGCUUUCAGACGUUCAUAGAUGUCUGGUAUAUAUGAUCUUUUAUUUAAGUGCCCUUACUUGUUUUCUAGUGAUUUUUAACUCCUCAAAGUUGAGUUCUACCUCACACGCACACACCCCACACACACACACACACCCCACACACACACACACUAUUAAAGCUGUGGUAUGCAUAUCACACAAAGUGUUGAAGGAAUAUGUCCUUUUUUUUUUUUUUCUUCCUCCUUGUACAUAUUAUUUAUUUAUUUAUCUAUUUAUUUCAACUGCAAAUGCAUUUGUUGUAUGUAAACUGUACAUGUAGCUCAGAAAGUACUGUUUUUCUUGCAUUUUAUUUUCUAUGUUUGAUUGCAUUGUGCAAUAUAGAUUGUUAGAUUUAGAGUAGUCAACAAAAUGAGGUGUACAUUGUAGUGUAGAUGUAUGUAUGGGAGUUAACCAACCAUGUCAGGCUGCCAUGUUGCUUCCUUUCCCAUUUUAUUGGACUCCCCCCAAUGUGUCCAGUCCAGUAUUGGGCACUCCACAAGCUCCCAGAAUGCACUUGGGGAUUAUUGUGAUGCAUGUCCUCACACUUUCUGGGCCAUAUUUCCAAUGACUGUUGUGACUUCCUCCUUUUCUUUUUUCUUUUUUUUUGUGGUUUUGCUCCUGUCCUAAACGUCCAAGGAAGAAUACAAUAGUCUUCAUAUUGGAUUUAACGUGAAAGAACCAGAAAGCCAUUCAGCAUUACUGGUUUUUAAAACACUGGCAACACAAAUAUGAAACCUGUGAGCUGUUUUUUUUUUUUUUUCAUUUUUAAUGAAUCUGACAUCAGAACAUAAAAAAAAGUUAAAGUGUCCAUCUUCAACUCUAGCAAAUAAAAGAGUUGAAUUUGAAUGCAUCUUUGUUUGUUUGUUUUUUUACUUCACUUGGCUUCUUUGUAUGCUUCAAUGUUCAAUGUGACCUAAAAGUUAAGAAUUUAUUCAUUUUCUUACUGCUUAUCCUGUUAAAGGUCACAGGUGGGUGAGCUGGAGCCUACCCCGGCAGACUGGCACACACAGUAAACAAGCAUUUGGACCAUUUAGCGUCAUUCAGUGAACCUAACAUGCAUGUGUUUGGGCUGUAGGAGGUCGCCUGCAGAGAACCCACACAAGCACAAACAUGCAGGCAUUCCAGUGCAGAUUCAAACCCAAACCUCCUGGCUGUGAGGCACAUGGACUCCAACCACUCUUCCCUACCGUUCCGUGCAGGUAAGAACUUUUUUCCUGUUGUUAUGGUCUUCAGGGUGAUCACUGUUGGUCAGUGUCGGCAGAACAUGGCCUUUUCAAAGAUGACAAGUCGACAUUUGUGUCGCUUUGAUGAGCAUUUUUAUAAAAAG